AUGGCACCUGGCAUUACCGACAAUGACAAGGCUGCCACAAUCUCUGAAACCCAAGACGUCCCCCUCUUAUACAACAAUGUAAAUCAAAAAGACCUACAAGAAAAAACAACAAGAUACCUUCUCAAAUACGGCACAGAAUUCAACAAAGAUGUCAUCUGCGGCAGCAAAGGCCUAUACGUCUACACAGCAUCCGGACAUAAAAUCCUAGACUUCACAUCGGGCCAAAUGUCCUGUCUCCUCGGCCACGGCCAUCCGGAAAUCGUUCAAACAAUCACAGACCACGCAGCCAGCCUCGACCACCUCUUCUCAGGCAUGGUCUCACCCCCGGUAAUCAGCCUCGGCGAACGGCUCUGCAACCUCCUCCCACCAGGCCUAGACAAAGCAUUCUUCCUCUCAACCGGCGGCGAAAGCAACGAAGCCGCCAUAAAACUAGCCAAAGUCUACACCGGCAAAUUCGAAAUCGUCGGACUAGGCGCCAGCUGGCACGGCGUGACCGCGCAAGCCCUAGGCGCGCAAUACCACUUCGGCCGCAAAGGCCAAGGACCACUCAUGCCCGGUAUGCUGAUGCUCCCCUCGCCAAAUGGAUACCGGUCGAUCUUCCGUCGGCCAGACGGAUCGUACGACUGGGAAGCGGAGAUGCAGUACGGCUGGCGAAUGAUCGACAUGCAAUCGUGCGGAUCGCUGGCUGCUUGUAUCGUGGAAUGCAUCCAGUCCUCGGGUGGCAUGCAUGUCCUGCCGCCGGGAUAUCUGGCCGCGCUGAAACGGGAGUGCGAGAAACGCGGCAUGCUUCUGAUUGUGGACGAGGCGCAGACGGGCGUCGGCCGCUGCGGUGAUUUGAUGGCUAUUCAAUAUGAGAAUGUCGUGCCGGAUCUGUUGACGCUUAGCAAGACGCUUGGGAAUGGGUUGCCGCUGAGUGCUGUUGUCACUAGUGCUGAGAUUGAGCGCGUGUGUGUGGAGCGCGAGUUCUGCUUUUAUACUACUCAUGUUAAUGAUCCUCUUCCGGCGGCUGUUGGGGAUAAGGUGCUGGAAAUUGUGGUCCGAGAUCGUUUAGUUGAGCAUUCGCGGGCUAUGGGGGUUAUACUUCAUGAUUCCUUGAAUGCCUUGAAGGAUAAGUAUGGGUGCAUUGGGGAUGUUCGUGGACGGGGCCUUAUGGCUGGUGUUGAGAUUGUUGAGGAUCGAGAGACGAAGAUUCCUGCGUUGGCUUUGGGCAAGGCUGUUGGUGAUCGUGCCUAUGAGCUAGGCUUGUGGGCCAAUCUUAGUAGUCAUCCAAGCUUUGGGGGUGUUUUUCGAAUUGCUCCGCCAAUCACUAUCACUGAAGAGCAACUGCUGAGCGGUUUGCGGAUCUUGGAAGAAGCAUUUGCUGUCACUCCUGGCACUAUGCCACUGUGA